UCUUUUCAGGGUUUCUUUGUGUCCAUUAUCUAUUGCUACUGCAACGGAGAGGUCCAGACAGAGAUAAAGAAAACAUGGACACGCUGGAACCUGGCCUUUGAGUGGGAGGGCCCAGUGGUCUGCGGCCGCUACCAUUACGGCUCCGUCGUCGUCGGUAUCAACAACAACAGCACCAGCAGCCAGUCCCACCUGGCAGGGGGGUGGCCCUUCCACACGCUCCACGACGCUCGUUUCAAGCCGUGCUUGCCGGAGCACAUGUCCCCCCGUGAUCAGCAUGCACUCCACCCUCCCAGGUUACGUGAUCAGUAACUCGGACCCAUCAAUACCUGAAGAACCUGAGGACAGCGGCCCCAAGCGGGUGGACGACAUCUCGCUGAAGGAAAAUCUGCCUGUUCUUAGUACCAGUGCAACAGCUGAGGAUGAGGAGGAAACACUGUAGCAGCCGUCCAAAUGUUAAAACAUGUGGUAGAGAGUGAUGGAAAAGUUUGUAGGUGGAUCUGUGCUAACUGAAUCCAGUCUCAUGUAAACAAAACUCUAAAGAUGGUAUCAAAGGCUAAGGUUUCACUGUGUGUACAAGAAAAAUAUCAUGGACCCCCUCCCAUAUGUACUUAUUAAAAAAAAGUAAUAUAAAAUCACAGCUAUACAGUUAUGAAGUUGAUUGCUAGGUAGCAGCAUUGGAAUAAACUUCUCAGGGAGGGUUAUACCAUAGUGCCCUCUAUUGCUAUUAAUGCAAAAUAUGCUGUUGCUUGGAUUGUGGUGGACAUCACAUCUUAUGGAAAUUUAUUUCAAUAUUUUCAGUAAAGUGCAGGGGUGAAGUGAGGAUAAUAAUAAGCAGAAACAAAUCACACAGAAACACUUGUGAAAUAUACAAUACAACAAUAAUUAUAAACUGGGUUAGGCUUUGUCAAUCUCUUCCUUUCAGGAUUUCUUUGUGUCCAUCAUGUACUCAUACUGCAACGGAGAAGUGAGUGGAUGUUUCUUUCCAAAUGGUAUUGACCACACAGGAGAAGCACAAACAAUGCAAUUUAAAGCAAAUUAAAAAGUUUGCAAAUUAUAAAACCACACUUGGUUUCAGAUCAAUCAUAGCCUCUGGAAAUUGGUACUGACUCGAAUGAAUCGAGGGUCUGGCUGAAGUAGUAAAACAGUGACAUAAGCUACUUUUCAAUUAUUCUGUCUCUUGCCCUCUGAAAUAAAAUGUGUAGAAAAAAAGCACACAAAAACACUAUACAAAAAAAUAUACAACAACAAUUAUAAACUGGGUGAAACAGGUGGUCAGGAAAAACUAAAAGGUACUAGCAGCAUGAUAGCUGUAGAAUAAAACUCAUGAAUUGAACUGAAUUUAAACAUAGGCUAUAUUACUAUAUUUAAUUUUCUCCACAUAUUCCAAAGCUACAUAGAAAAUGUAAUUUACAGCCAUUUACAGGAGUUUCUAACCCUCUUGUUAAUUACGAUUUCAGCAGUAUCUGUCAUGUGAGCGGAGGAUACAUCCUUGUGAUGAAUCCUUUUUAUGGACAAAUUCUGUGUCGUGGUGACCUAAUGUGCUUGCUUGUACAGUCUUUGUGAAGAAUAUUGCAUUUUGUGCGGACAAACUUACUGGCUACAGCUGCCAAUUGAACAAAAAGGAAUGUAUGCAGUUUAUUUUGUAUUUGUAAAAUGAAAUGAAGAUAUUGAUCACUUCUCGGGACAUGUGUGAACAGACAUUUUGAAUUUGAUCUGUGGAUUCAUUUGCUAUUAUUACUGCUUGUAAGCAAGUCUUGCAACCUGGCAAGGCCAAAACCAUUGUCAGUAGCACAUACUGUUUUAUUACAAAUCAAAAGUGACAUUAAGUUUAAAUAAACUUUUACUUAAUCUUAUACAAUGAACUAUUGUGUGACUGCGAAGGGCUACACUUGGUGGCUGCUCAAGGGUUUUGUGUCUGCUUUGUGCAUGCAUGUCAGUACAUUUGGUGCUUGUCAUGAAAAGAGAAUCUUUAUUGUACACGUGCCUCUCCUGCUCCAGCAGAAGCUUUAUAAAAUGGACUUGAAAUGA